GGAUCUAGUCCCCACAUUUUAAACAACAAAAAUUACAAACUGGACAAGACCGGGAACCAGGAUGGGUAAGGGACCCAGAUUUGCUGCUGUAGCAAAAUCACGCAGUUAUACACUGUAAUUGAUCUCAAGACAGUUUAUAUUACAUAUGCACUGAAAUCUACUUCCGAUGGGGAAGUACUAAGUAGAACAAAUUAGAGUACAAAUACAACGCAGUUUGUUUCCUAUUUUUGAUUGAAAUUUGAACAUAUGGUCCUCUAAUUACAUUCCUAAUUCCUGUCAGAAAUGUCACUCACUCUCAACCUUCCAACUCCAUCUUUCCCUACCCGCUACUUCACUCCAUCCUUCAACAACAACAAACCAACAGUUUCAUGUUCCUUCUCUUCACAAUCUCUCAAGUGUAAGAGAGAGUACACAAGUGUGAUGAUAGUUCCGACUGGAAUUGGUGCCGCUAUUGGUGGAUUUGCUGGUGACUCUUUGCCUGUUGCUCGUGCUCUUUCUUCUGUUGUUGAUUGCCUUAUCACUCACCCUAAUGUACUUAACGCAGCAAUGCUAUACUGGCCAAUGCCUAAUGCAUUAUAUGUUGAAGGUUAUGCUCUUGACAGAUUUGCAGAAGGGUCAUGGGCCUUACAACCUGUUCACCAAAAUAGGGUUGGAAUAGUUCUUGAUGCUGGUAUAGAGGAAGAGCUUCGGAUUCGCCAGUUACAUGUAGCCGAUGCAGCAAGGGCUUCCCUUGGAUUGCCUAUAGUGGAAUAUAUUGUCACAGACACUCCACUUGAGGUAGAGAAGUGGAUUGAUCCCAAAACUGGCAAAUCAACAGGGAGGAUUAAGCACCCUGAUUCGUUACUUAGAGCCGUGCAGACCUUAGUGAAUCGGUCAAAAGUGAAUGCUGUUGCUGUCGUUGGACGUUUCCCAGAUGAUGAUAUUGAUGAUGUUGAUGAAUAUCGGCAGGGAUUGGGAGUAGACCUACUGGCGGGAGUUGAGGCGAUUAUAAGCCAUCUAGUAGUGAAGGAGUUCCAAAUUCCUUGUGCACAUGCUCCCGCAAUGGCUCCAAUUCCCCUAAGCCUAUCACUAAGUCCCAAAUCAGCAGCCGAGGAGAUUGGGUACACUUUCCUUCCAUGUGUCCUAGCUGGCCUCAGUAAAGCUCCACAAUACUCGGUCAUACGCUCCAACUCAAUGGAAAACAGUUGCAUAUUGGCAAGUGAUGUGGAUUCUGUAGUCCUUCCUAAAGAUGCUUGUGGAGGAGAAGGGACUCUUGCUUUUGCAAGAAAUGCAAAAAAUAAGCCACUUAUCAUUACUGUGGAAGAAAACGAAACUGUACUGGAUGAUACUGCAGAUAAACUUGGUUUUGAAGCACUGCAUGUCUCAAAUUAUUGGGAGGCUAUUGGAGUAAUUGCUGCUCACAAAGCAGGGAUAGAUCCAUUUUCACUUCGAAGAAAUAAAAUUCAUAACAUCUGUCGCACUUCUGUCAUGCCUGUCAAUGGUCACUCCAGAGUUACUUACUGAUUAUAUUUUUGAGAGCUCAAUGAUAGUAUAUAAUUUUUUUGUCAUAUAAUUAACCAUUGGGGGGGAGAAAUAGUUGGUAUAUUGUAUUUUAGAUUUUAUGUAUUGCAGCAAUAUGUAUUUCUCAGAUGGUAGUAUUUUUUCUACUUUUAAGUUCUACUAUCUUUGUAACACAUCGUAGGAUCAAGUUUACAGCAUACACGGAAUUGGUUUCAAAGCAAAGAUUAACAGUUAACACAAUUUGGUUUGACACCUUAUUUAGGCAUUUUAAUUGUUUAAGCUUUAGUUAUUGAGCUAUUAUCCAACCUGUAACAAGUGAUGGUGCUGCAUAUUGUCUUGCCAAUAAAAACUGUGUAGUGCAAUA